AUGGUUGGUGUUACAUCCGACAACAUUGGCAAGGUCCAGAACGGAGAUACGACCGCCACUCUACAAGCGCCACGGCCUCGUAUCUUGUCGACAAGCCAGCCCUCAUUCACAAGUUCUGAGUCGAAUUCUCCUCGUUCGCUUACAGACCCGCUUGUUCAAGAUAUAGACUGUCGAUCGAGGAGAUAUCUGGAUUAUUUCGCAAGUGACGUUUGCAAGGACCUCGUUCUCUAUGACAUCCCCAAGCAUAAUCCAUUUCGGGAGCUGAUUCCGAUGGCGUACCAGCAGCCCAUGCUAUUGCAGGCCAUCAUCGCUAGCUCGGCUUUGCAUAUGUCAAACUCUUGUCAACGGCCAUCAAGUUCUUUAAGCAUCUUCACGACAAUGGCCUCGACUCAGAGCAGCAAAAGCUUUGUUGACUCUCUAUCGAUUGGCCGUACGACAUCACACCCGGAGGCUUUCCAUGAUGCACUCAGGGCCAAGCAGCAGGCACUUUGUCUGCUGAACUCCGCUGUCGGAAGCAUGGCUUCAGCGAAUGUUGAUGCGAUUCUGGCGGCGGUACUUCUACUCAUUGGAUUCGAGCUCAUUGACUCUGGGCGUGGCAGCUGGAUAUCUCACAUCAACGGUGCGAGAAUGAUCAUUGAGAAACUGGUAGCAUCUGGCUCGGGGACGGGCACUAUUUUCAGCCCUCUUCGCAGCUGGUUGGUGUCUAAUUGCUUGGUGUAUGAUCUUCUCGGGUCAUCAUUCGCGAAUUCUUAUCUACCGCACGGCGGUGAGCUAUCGAUGACUACCAUGUCGCUGCUUCAAGAUGCCGAAGGGAACCAUUGCUCAUCAUUUCCGGCAGCUCUCCUUCCUUUGAUACAGGCAGGGGCUCAAAUAUUGAACAUUAACGACGUUUACAUGUUACCUGACACCUCGAUCAAUUCAGGACAUCACGAUGCGCUUCAGCUCUUGCACACUGCCAAGUCAUUCGACCCAGCUGCCUGGGCCACCAAUCUACAGCCACGCUCGCCCGCUGACGAUCUCCUCCAUCGGACUAUGAUUGCAUGUGCACACCGGACAGCUGUAUGUGUCUAUCUCUCACGCAUUAUUCUUUUUCUAUGGCCCAGUACGGUAUUGCCAGAUGAUCUACAGGUUCUAGCAGCCGAAAUCAUCACCCACCUUUCACAUUUGCACCCUGGAGAUGCAUUAUUCACAGCAACAGCGUGGCCUGCCUUCAUCGCUGGUCUGGAAACGCGUGACCUCACGAAUCGUGCCUGGGUAGAGAGAAGAUUCCAAGAGCUCUGGAAAAUCGAGCCUUGGGGAUUUACCAGAGACGCUCUCGGAGCAUUGCGGACAAUAUGGGGUGGGAGGAAGAAUGAGGUUCUCUUAACGAGCAGCGAUGACGAAUUCUACGAACGGGAAGAGAAUUGGAAUUGGAUCGAGACGCUAAGGAAUUUAGGCACCGACUGGUUGAUUGCAUGA